AUGCGUCCCACCCUGCCCCCCACACGGCUAGGCGAGAACCCGUGUGCCCACACUGCCCCCACCACCGCCGGAAUGCCCCCACCGCGCGGCACCCACUGCGUUAUACAAGCAGGUUCCUACGCGCCCCCCUACGGACGCCGCCUCUCCCCAGCCCCGCCCCUUUCUCCCCCCUGCUGCAGCACUUACCCCCCUCUUCCGCGGUCAUCUUCAGAACGCGCUCCAGACACGAAUGAAGUAUUUAACUCAAAUUUACGGGAUGUGCUGAGCGCUCAGACGCUCCCCCCUCCUCGUGACCUUGCCCCCCCCCCCUCGCCUCGUCCCCCACCGGCCCCCUCCAGUUCUGCGCUCCUCCUCUCCGCCCCCUUCAUGCCCCCGCUGGGCACCUACAUGCCAACACCGCGCGAUUGCUCCUCGCAGACCCGCCCACCACGCGCACCACGGUAA